CAUCCACGUUUGCUCUUGACCACCAAUCCCCUCCUCCCACCACAAUCUCUCCUUCCUCCUCGCCCCCGGAACCCACGAUGGAGGGCAACAAGGACGAAGCGCUGCGGUGCCUGCAAAUUGCGCAGAAGCACCGCGACGCAGGGAACUUCUCCGCCGCGCGCAAGUUCGCCCAAAAGUCCAUAUCACUUUAUGAGACGCCCGCGGCCGCGAAAUUCCUGGCCUCGAUCAACGAGGCGGCUGCGGCAGGAGCGGACAGCGCACCCGAGCCCUCGACGUCAGCAACAGGUGCGGAGACGCACCCGUCGGCAGGGGGCGCGAAGCAUCGGCAUGCGUCUGCGUCAUCCAGCGCGACGGCGAAUGGGGGCGGGAGCAGCAAUGGGACUGCGGGUGGCAUGGGCGGCGAGAAGCGCGAGUACACGGAGGAGCAGCACAAGGUGGUGAAGCGCGUGCGCGCGUGCAAGGUCACCGAGUACUACGAGAUUCUCGCGAUCAAGAAGGACUGCGAGGAGGCCGAGAUUAAGAAGGCAUAUCGGAAGCUCGCGCUGGCAUUACAUCCGGACAAGAAUGGUGCACCUGGGGCGGACGAGGCGUUCAAAAUGGUAUCCAAGGCCUUUCAGGUCCUCUCAGACCCCGACAAGCGGUCAAUAUAUGACCGUAGCGGAGCUGACCCUGAGAGCCGGUCCAGCGGCAUGCCUUCACGGUCAGCCUCAACGGGCUUCAGGACACAAGGCUUCAACUCGUUUGACGGUGAAAUGAGCCCAGAAGACCUCUUCAACAUGUUCUUCGGUGGCGGAGGUGGCGGAAGCCCCUUUGGCCCUGGUUUUGGUGGCGGACCAGUCUUCACCACCACUUUCGGCCCCGGCGGCUUUCGCACGACGCACGUCAAUAUGGGUGGGCAGCGGAGACGUGCAGCCGCCGCGGACGAGGCACCGCGCUCGCUCUUCAUCCAGCUCCUUCCUAUCAUUGUCCUCUUCGCGUUCUCCCUUCUCUCCGCAAUUCCGUCCUGGUUCUCGACACCGCCGGUCGCGGACCCGCACUACAGCUUCCAGGGCUCGCACAGGUACAGCGUCGAGCGCACGACGCCGACGCUGGGCGUCAAGUACCACGUGAACCCGGGCGAGUUCGCAGGGCACCCUCUCAUCGGCGUCGAGCUCGCGAAGGACGGGCUGGACGUGCGGCGCGCGCCGGAGGAUCACGCGCGCGGUCCUGCACUGCGGCGGUUCGAGAGCAACGUCGAGAACUCGUGGGUGAAGGAGGUGUACGCGCAGUGCCAGCGGAGCGUGGACCUCAAGGAGCGGCGGAAAGAGCGGGAGAUUGGGCUGUUCGGGAUCGGCACGGACUGGGAGAAGGUGAAGGCGAUAGAGGCGGAGGAGGUGCCCAGCUGCGAGGAGUACAAGCGCGUUGCGAAGAUUCUGAGCAGCGGGAGGAGGUAGGGAUGGUGGACUUUAGCUUAUCUGUACUAUUUGCUGUCGUGUAAUCUAUGGUCCAUGCAUAUGCUGGUUUAUUCACGAUGAGAGAUUUCCUCUGAAACGCCUUUGCCUUCGGAUCGGCGAC